AUGUCGCGCAAACGCCGCAAUACAUCCUCCCCGGAGCCGGACGGCUCGUCCCCCGUCAAGCGGCCAUACUACUGGAGCGAUUCGGAGGAAGAGGACGCAGACGAAGUCCCCUACGUCGACCAGGCUAGUGGCCAGGUCGGUGCGUUUCCUGGACUCGGGGAGGACAGGGGUGAAUUGUUCUACGGGCCUGCGUGUGAUGGAGUCGAUUACUUGAGGAUGGUGCGGUCGGAAGCAAAAGGUGUCCCGUCUAUUAUAACUGCGCAAAUUUCGGCCACACGUCUGGAUGUACUCGAAGAGAAGCAGGAGCUGGAACAGGGAGGUUAUUAUUUUGACGGCGCAUACACUGCACUCAAACAAACUCUUCCGUCGGUGGAAGUGGAAGCAAAACCGUCUCUACCAUCUGCCCAAAUCCAUUAUUACGACUCGCUCCUUGCGCAUUUCAGACUGGCCCGUGCCACGCUCAGGUGCCCACCACCUCUCUCCGCCGUUGAAGUCCUUCGUUCUUCACAGUUCAUAUCAUUUCCGGCGAACACUCGAAAGGUGCAAAAGCAAUGGGAGCAGCAUAUGGUGUCUACCGACCCUCACCCUGUACAGGUUGCUUGUAUGGAUGCGGACACCAUCGUGGAGCUGGUCAGAUUUCUUUCGGAAAAGCUGCACAAAAUGCUCCACACGAGGGAUCCGGCGAGGAUAACAAGGGUUGGGGCUUGGACGUGGGCAGUCCUAGGGAAGUGUCGAGAUCGCGGGGAGUUGUCGAGUGAGGAAAUCGGAGACAUCCGAAAGUUGGCGCAGAGGGCGCUUUGGUUACAAGACGUGGGAGACGAACGGCAUGGCACAGAGGCAGAGGAAGAGGAAGAGGAGGAAGAGGGCGAGGCUGAGAACGAGUCUCCAAAUGAGAAUCCAGACGCUGGCACAAAUGAUAUCACUGAAGAGACGACCACUCUCGAGAAUGGACAUGGAGAAGCAGAGCUUGUCGAAGGUAUUGAUGAUUCAAAUCGAAAUCAUCGUGUAAUCUUGGACAUGAUAGUCACGAUUGCCGGCGAGGUUUACGGCCAAAGAGACUUGCUGGAUCUUCGAAGCCGAUGGACUGAUUGA